GGCAGACGCUCCUGUGGUCCGCCACGUGGCCCAAGUCUGUGCAGAGGUUGGCGCGCGACUUCCAGAAGGACAUCGUGCACAUACAGGUGGGCUCGGACGAGCUCACGGUCAACACGGACAUCAAGCAGACAAUCAUCAUGACGACGGGGUAUCAGUCGAAGAUGGAGUCGCUGUGGCACGUGCUCCAGCAGAAGGCAUGCAAGGCGCUGAUCUUCUGCGGAACGAAGAGGACGUGUGACGAGCUGUGCGACGCCCUGAAGCAGAAUCGCUAUGACUGCGCCGCCAUCCACAAAAACAAGGA